AUGUCGCUGUCAAAAGGCCCUUUCGGAUCCGGCGAGACACUCAUGGACUCAGCAAGUGGCCUUAUAGAAGCAGUAAAGCAUAUCAGACCGGACUUACAACUUGAAUCGGUUUGGGUCCCGGAUGGUCUCAUGAAAGGCGAAGUCGUGAUUCGCAUAUCACGAAAUCCAGCGCCGUUUCCAUUUCUGGACUUGCCGACCGAACUUCGUGACAGGAUCUAUGAGUACGCUCUAGUUGUCGGUCACCCGAUCGUUAUCUUCCUAGAGACGUCCUGGAAUCCUGCCGAACGCGAGACAUCUGAACUCAGGGGUGGCCUUCCGGAAAUUUUGAACACAAAUGCGCGACUGCUCCUGGCGAGCAAACGAAUCUACGCAGAGACGUUACCAAUCCUAUACGGCAGCAAUGUCUUUAGACUGGGGAUCAGUCGUCCAAGUUUCGUAGCGCACAAGUUUAUGGCAGACAUUGAUCCGGGACUCCAGUACAUCAGAACAUUGCACCUUGCUGGUCCCUACGCGGAGCUCAUCGAGGCAUGCAACGCCACCGCACGAUUGCCAAAGCUGGAGAAAGUGCUCAUCGGAGGCCUGCAUAUCUGGCAGCGGCACAAGUCACGCAGGUCUGAAGAGAUGGGGGCUCAGAUCGCAGAAGAUCUGAAGGGCUGGUUGUUGCAGAUCCAGGCAAGUCUUGGAGCUCGAGAGUGUGUUGUGAAAGCGGUCGAUGUGGUCGACUUUCUGCCAGAAACAGAUGGGAGUAAGAUAGAGUAUGUGACGCAGUGCAUGAUUGCGUUCCGUACAGCUGCAGCACUCUAUCUCGGCAACGAGUGA